GCUUGUCCGUCACCUAAUAUUUUCCGGAGCAGAACAGCAGGCUUUCGAGGGGGGGCUUGUUUUUAGUAUUUGGAUUUUAUUAAGAAGCACGUGUAUGAGAAUUGCAAAGUUAUUGGGAGAACGACUGUUGCUUGCUAGUUUGGCGUUGAAUAUUUUGCUAUGUGUUAACUUAACUUUCCAAAGCUAAUAUAUCUCUGUUUUUUAUACUGUUAUUCAGUUUGGGAAUCUGGGCUACUACUGUUUCGUGGGUGUCGUAUUAUGUGGCUGGAAUCGCGACGAAGUUUUCCAGAUUAGUGUUUCUGCUGUGAUUAGGCUUGCAUUAAUUGGGUUGUAAGCUGAAAUAAACGAGAACGUCUGGUUAUAAUGGCAGAGAAGCCACUGAAGGUACUUGUUUGCGGUGAUGUUGAAGGGAACCUUACUGCUUUGUUCAACCGAGUGAGGACUGUUCAGAAAAAGAGUGGCGAUUUUGAAUUACUGCUGUGUGUUGGCAGUUUCUUUGGAUCCACACCAGAAGCAGAAGCAGAAUGGGAGGACUACAAGGCUGGGAGAAGGAAAGCUCCUAUCCCAACAUGCAUAUUGGGAGCAAAUAAUGAAAAGACCAUAAAGUACUUCCCAGAUGUGGAUGGAUGUGAAUUAGCUGAAAAUAUUACGUAUCUGGGUCGUAAAGGAGUGUUCACUGGGGCAUCAGGGUUACAGUUAGCCUACCUCAGUGGUGUAGAAUCCCAGCAACAGCCAGCCCCUGCGUACUGCUUCACCAUUAAAGAUGUAAAAUCACUGAUGACUCCAUUAGUAUCCAACUCAAAGUUCAGAGGUGUUGACAUCUUGCUAACAUCGCAGUGGCCCAAAGGUGUAUGGCACUAUGGAAACAAUCCAGUAGAGGUGGACACGAAGACUUGUGGAUCAACUGCAAUAGCAGAUCUGGCUAUGAACCUAAAGCCACGAUAUCACUUUUCAGGUUUUGAAGGAGCACAUUAUGAAAGGCUGCCAUAUAGGAACCAUGCGGUUUUACAGGAAACUGCGCAGCAUACAACGCGGUUUAUUUCCUUGGCUAACAUUAGCAACACCAGCAAGAAGAAGUAUCUCUAUGCCUUCAGUAUCAUCCCAAUGAGCUCCAUGGACCCUGCAGAAUUGGUGAAACAGCCACAGGAUGUCACUGAAAAUCCGUAUAGGAAGCCUGUGAAGGAAGGAGAGCGAAAAAGGCCAGCACCCUCAGAAGAGGAUGAGCCAGCUACCCAGUUCUUUUACGACCUAAGCAGACCACAGCCUAAGAAGAGAAAUUUAAGAGAUGGAGACCACCAUCAGCCUAAGCAGCCCAAGAAACCACCUCAGCCUGCUGGACCUUGUUGGUUCUGUCUUGCCAGCCCUGAAGUGGAAAAACACUUGGUGGUCAGCAUCGGCUCUCAUUGUUACCUUGCCAUUGCCAAAGGUAGCUUAAUUUCUAACCACGUACUGAUUUUACCUAUUGGGCACUACCAGUCUGUUGUGGACCUUUCUUCUGAAGUGGUGGCAGAAUUGGAAAAGUACAAAUCUGCACUGAAGAAGUUCUUCAAAAGCAAAGGCAAAAGAUGCGUGAUGUUUGAAAGAAACUACAGAAGUCAACACCUACAGUUACAGAUGGUACCUGUUCCUGUUGACUGCUGCACCACAGAAGACAUAAAGGAUGCAUUCAUUGAGCAGGCACAAGAACAGCAGAUAGAGCUGCUGGAAAUUCCUGAGCGUUCAGACCUGAAACAGCUGCCCCGGUGCCUCCGUCCAUCUCCAGGUCCACCAUACACACAGGACUACUCUGAGCUACCUGGGGCCAGCAUGAAUCUUAAAGGUGUCCUGGGCCUGGGUGCUAGCAACUGCUUUUGGUGCUGGGGUUUAUAUGUGCGGAACUCGUCAUGAAGAUAUCAGUAUAAUUUUCUUGGUCUCCGUAAUAGUAGCUACCCAGCAUCCUCUUAUUCUGCUUUUGUUUUGCUUGUCUUUGAACCUCAUCAGUGAUUUAGUAUUAAUGAUGUUUAAGGUGAUUAAUGCCUUCUCUCUCUCUCUCUCUCUCUGUGAUGAUUGGAGGCCUGCUAUAGACAUGCUGUAUGCUUAGAGAUAUUUAUUUUGUAACUAUAUAUAAUGUUUUAAGUGCUCAAAUAGUUAAAUUGUUAAAAUAUUAUUGGCCCCUUUUACUGAAGGAUAAAAUCUGGUUAAUUUCAUUGUCAUAUUCCAGUAUUUCUUUUAAGAAAGGUCGCAGCUUAUCAUAUUUUUUUAGUCCAUAGUAAAUUUGUUUUCCCUAGCAUUAGUAUUGAAGAACCAGUGAAAAUUAAAUUGGGUAUGUAUAAUUAUGGUAAGUGUUCAGUAUGUAAUUUAGUGGUACAUAACUUUAAUAAAAUUAAUGGAAUUAGUUUUAGUCCUAAGCAAAAUUUUAAUUGUAACACUGAGAGAAUUUUGUUCUACGUUGCACCAACAGUUUGUUUUAUACUGGGGAAAGCCAGAGGGCUUUUAAAAUUAGGUUGCAGAAACAUGUUGGAGACCUCAGAAGAGGCUUGCAUUUUAAAGAUUUUCAUGGGGGUAAUACUGAAACACUUGGGGGUUGCAUUUUGGAACAGGAAGUGUUGCAGGUAGUGGAAGUGUCAACUGUUAAGGAAAACCUUUUAAGUAAAGAAGUUAUGUAUAUUUUAAAGUUUAAUACCCUGGUUCCUAAAAGGUUAAACAUGGAGUGCAAUUGGAAGUAUUAAUUAAAAAUGUAAUUGAUAAAUUUGUUAUCUGGGUGUUAUGUAAUGCGAUGGUCGGUUGUAAUGAACUGUACUCCUUGAAGGCUGUGCUUGACCGAGGCGCUAAAGAUAUUAAAGUUUUUUACCAGUA